AUGGCCGUUCAGUUCGAUGGCGGAGUUAUCGUUGGUGCUGACAGUCGGACAACUACCGGAAGCUACAUCGCCAACCGUGUAACAGACAAGCUCACCUAUGUCCAUGAUCGCAUCUAUUGUUGUCGUUCAGGCUCUGCUGCCGAUACGCAAGCCAUCGCAGACUACGUGCACUACUUUCUCCAGAUGUUCUCCCAGCAGCACGGCACCCCCUCUGUCCAUACCGCCGCUGCCAUGUUCCAAAAGAUGUGCUACGAGAACAAGGACAAUCUUAGCGCUGGUAUCAUUGUAGGAGGUUGGGACCCUGAAGAAGGCCCGAGCGUAUACAACAUUCCUCUUGGCGGUGGCCUCUUCCGUCAGCCCUGGGCAAUUGGUGGUUCCGGUUCGACGUAUGUUUAUGGUUACUGCGACGCGACGUAUCAGGAGGGGUGGGGAAAGGAUGAGACGAUCAAGUGGGUCAAGAAUACUCUUGCGCUUGCCAUGUCUCGAGAUGGGUCGUCGGGAGGUUGCAUACGUAUGGCUGUCAUCACCAAGGAUGGUGUUGAGCGACUGUUUGUCCCAGGAAACGAAUUGCCCACGUUCUGGGAGGGCCACGAAGUCUUAGGCAAGGGGGCGGUUAGGUCUGCGACGCAGGUGGCACCCAUGGCCGUCGAGGCGUAG